AUGCCUACUUCCGAGUUCCUCACGACCCAGACUAUGGGCGGGUACCUGGUGGUUCUUGCUCUGGCUGGAGGUCUGACCUAUUACUACAUGGCUGAGAAGAACGGCAAGCAGAUUGCUCCCAAGGGAGUCAAGCCAUACGUCGAGCCGCGCAAGGAGAACAACGCAAAGAAGGCAAGAAAGGCUGCCUUUGCAUCACAAAAGCCUGCAGAGCACAAGGCCUCUUCCACCGCCAACGACUCAUCCGCUUGGCUGAGCAACGACCCUGAUGAGAAGGUCGACAACAAUGACUUUGCCAGAAGAAUGGCCGCCGCAAAGGAGGGCAAGAAGUUUGAUGGCAAGUCUUCUGGAAACAAGGAGAAGAAGCAAAAGUCCGUCAAGCAGUCCCGCGCUGUCGAGAAGCUCGUUGAGGUCGCCGAGCCGGAGCCCGCUCAGGCCCCUGCCGUCGAGGCUGUUGAGGAGUCUCCCGCCGCUUCCCCCGAGGUGGCGCCCGUCGACGCCAGCGGAGUGAGUGACAUGCUCGAGCCCGCCGCCACCGGCCCCUCCGUCCUCCGCCUGACUGGCACCGAGGAGAAGGCCACCAAGCCCAAGAACCAGAAGGUCCCCGAGAAGGCCGAGACCAAGAAGCAGCGCCAGAACCGCCAAAAGGCCGAGGCCAAGAAGGCUGCUCGCGAGGAGGAGGAGAAGGAGCGCAAGGUCAAGCUCGAGAAGCAGCUCCGCACCGCUCGCAUCGCCUCCGGCACCCCCGCCAAGGACGGCUCCCAGUUCAUGGCUGCUGCCAACGGCAAGAACUCCUGGACCGCCGGCAGCCCCAACGGCGCCUCCACCAACGGCAGCUCUGCCGCCGUCCAGCCUCUCGACACCUUCGACGCUCCUGCCCAGAACGGCACCUCCGCCGCCGCUGCUCCCGCCCCGGCCUCCGACAACUGGAUCUCUUCGCUCCCCUCCGAGGAGGAGCAGAUGGAGCAGCUCAAGCAGGAGGAUGAGUGGAACACCGUCUCCAAGAAGUCCAAGAAGGCCAAGAAGGAGGUCCAGGCUGCCGAGCCCGAGGUCGAGGCCCCCGCCGCCGCCGCUCCCGCCCCGGCCCAAUCUCGCCCCAUCGCCCAGGCCGUCCAGAAGCCGGCUGCGUCCAACGGCAAGGCUGCGAAGCCUGCUCCUUCCUACGGCUCCUUCUCCGCCCUGAGCACCCAGGAGGAGGAGUGGGAUGUAUAA